UGGCAAAAUGUACUUGAUCCUUAUAUAGUGUUUUUCUGUUACAAAUCACACUAAUGGUGGUGCCCAUGCACCAAGAGAGCAUGCGAUGAGCUAUCAAAAUUUUGAAUAGCAUCUGGUCCCAACUGCUAGCUGGUGGUCCAUUAGUGUGCACCUUGUUUUCUCGCCACUAUGGGUUUAGGCUUGGUGCAAUAGAUGACAAAUAUUAAAGCUUUUACUUUCAAGGCCUCAAAGGAACUUGCUUAUCUUUUUCGAUGAGUCCAAAUCUAAUCGGAGAUUUAUGUAUUCAAAAGGUGCAAGCAGAUCUUGAUAACAUUUAUACAUAAUCCCUUGAAAAGAGAAGGCAAUCGGUCCUAAGACUAGAGAAAUUUCUUUUGUUCAACUUCAAGUAAAAAGCCAUUGCUCUUGACUUGAGACUGAAAUAGUUAUUAUAGUUUGGUCUAUCUUAAGAUUGAGCAACUGGGUCCGGCUAAAAGCCUCAUGCUCUGUAAAGUUCACACGCAAGGUCAUCAAGAUUAGCUAUUUCCUUUGUACUAUUUAAAAUCUCUUUGUUAUAUCCUAAUAAGAUAAGAUACCACCACCAAAGCCUAUUAUUACAUCCAAUCUGUCCCUCUCAUUGUUCCCUCAAAUCUUUCAUUAUACUAACCCACAAAGGCCUGCCUCUGGUAAUCUAAAUCAAUUUAUCCUUCUUCGGCUCAACUAUCCAAUGCGAGGCAAUCCUAACGGUUAAAAAUUUCAAAUCCACAAAUGCAAACUCUACUACUCUCCCACUCUCACUCCUACUAGCACCAUACAGCUUGCUCAAAAUGGGUUGCUGUAUCAGCUCUUCUGCCAAAAGAGACUUACCUCACCAUUCUCCACCAAAACCAUCUGCACCAGAACAACACAAGAGAUCUCCUCAUGUAGCCAUAACCUCACCACCACCACAAGCUUCCCUUGAAGAAGAAACAGUUAAAGAAGUACUCUCUGAAACAACCAUCCCGAAACCACCACAAUCUACCACCCAAAUCCCCAACUCUCAAGAGCCCAAAAACCAAGUUCAAAUCUUUCAAGAACCUAAUAUCCAAGCUCGAAUCUUUGAGGAACCCAAAAGCCAAGUCUUUACCAACAAGCGCAAAAUCAAUGAAAAGGAAGAUGAAGAAACAGAACGAACACCUGAAAUCUCACAAGCAUCAGAGAUAUGCAGCAUUGCUGGCACUUACUCAACUGCAACGACAGCAACAACAGCAACUACUACUACUAUAACAGAGGUAAGAGAAGAUCAUGAAGUAACAAGCAAGAGAAGAGUAGUCAACAGAUCUCCAGCUAAACUACCCAGCAAGCGUCCUUACAAUGGAGAGAAAGAAAAAGUUCCUAGAAGACCGCCGGUGAAGAGGGAGUUUUCCGGUCAGUCAAGAAGAACUGCUACUAAUAAUAAUCAGCGCAGUAAUGUGGGUUCUAGCAGAGUUGGAAGAGAUUUAGGAGAGAGGUCAGGCCGGCGGUCAAGGUCACCGGCGACGAGGGCGACUGGUGGUGUAGUAAAGGGUCGUGGCGGAGGGAGUCCUGCGAAGGUGACUGGAAAAGCUGGUGGCGGGGCAGCGGAAGAGGGAGUUGGAGUUGAAAGUGAAGUGAAGAAAGAGGAGAAAGGUAAAAACAACAGCGUUUUGAUGCAGCAGCAGCAACAACAGGAGGGGAAUGAGUCUCUUGGCAACCCUCUUGUGUCUUUGGAAUGUUUUAUCUUUCUGUGAAUAGUUUGGUCAAUUUAGGUACUCCAGUUUUUAACAUUUCUGUGUAAUUUCGUUUUUCAAUCAUUUAUGUAACCCAACUUUGUUUCAAAAAAGGUGAAAGCUUUCUUUGCUUUGGCUGCCAUGCCAAUUGCCAAUCUACCCCAGCAGAUAUUGUUGCUUCAGAAA